AAAAAAAAAAAGAUAAGGCUAAAGACAAAUAGUGAACCAUUUUAAGGAAAAAUUUUGAGUAAAUAGUAGUGCAAGGGAUACCAGAUAAUUGUAAAAGUGGAACGUGACUAAAAUUUGGAAGUGUGAUGAGGAAUAGCAGCAAUUCCUCUAGGAAACCUUCCCUGCCACCCUGGGUAGGCCAGUUCGCCCCUCAUUUAGACCCCCAAAUAUCUCUCCACCUGGAAUCUGUUAGGGUCCAAUCUCUUGAUGACUGAAGCCUGUGAGGCUGUGGUCUCUGCAUCCGACCUGAGCUCUAAGGCUGCAUGGCAGGCCCUGCAGAAGGGAAGAUGGACGGAAAGUGGGGAGUAAGAGCAAGCUGGGACCCCCAUACGAGGUGGAGGUUUUCAGGACCCACAAAACCUGCCUCUGUUCUUGCCGCUUCAUCUUGAUGGAGCAGGGAACCUGCAGGAGUGACCUUUAUCAUAGAGGUCAACGCACACCUGGUUCAGGAAGGUGAAGAAGCUGAAGGAGGAUUGAGGUGAAGGGAGAGGUUUCAGGCUCUGCUGCUGCUCCAGGCUGACCAGCAGAACUAGAAGAUUAGCAACAUUUGGACAAGAGCCACGGAGGCUCCUGCCUGGAUUUCCCCAGCAUGAAAUGCACAAUGGUGGCUGCUUUGAGCAGGUGUUUUCUACCCAGAAGAUAAAGAAAAGCAGCUCAUGCUGGAGACUGAGGCGAGUGUGCACAGACAGACCUCAAUACCAGGACCUGCGUCUCCAUCAAUUUCCCAGAGCUGGUAUAAAGGACUUGUUUCCUGGUGAAAAAGCAAGAAGACGGUGCCGGCCACAGACGAGUCAUGAGUCCGGUCUUCCUGCUGGUCCUUGUGGGGGUUACCUUCCCACUGCCAGGAGUGCAGGCGCUGGUCUGCCAGCUGGGGACGAUUGAGCGUGUUUGGAAUGUAUCCGACCUGCCCCUGCGUUGGACCCCUAAGGAGACCAUCUGCCCCAGCGGCUGGGGGUGCCAGGACACGCUGGUGUUGAUAGAGAGCGGACCCCACGUGAACAUGGUGCUCUCCAAGGGCUGCACUCAGGCCGGGGACCAGGAGCCCCGCGUUACGGAGCACCGGAUGGGCCCCGGCCUCUCCGUGAUCUCCUACACCCACGUGUGCCGCCAGGAUGACCACUGCAACGACCUGGUCACCUCUGCCCCGCUCUGGGCCCCACCGCCGCCAGCAGACCCAGGGUCCUUGAGGUGCCCAGUCUGCUUGUCUCCAGAAGUCUGUCUGGAGAGUACAGAAGAGAUCUGCCCCAGAGGAAGCACAGACUGCUAUGAUGGACUCCUCAGGUUCACGGGAGGGGGCAUCUCCUCCAAUCUGAGAGUCCAGGGAUGCAUGACCCAGCCAGGCUGCAACCUGCUCAAUGGGACCCGGGAAGUUGGGCCCGUGAGUAUGACUGAGACCUGCGGUCCCAUGCAGCAUCAAGAGCCACAGCACCAAAGCCCGGAGAGAGAUUUUCUGAUCUGCUAUCGGGGCCUCACCAUCCAGGCGAGGGAGAACUUGAGCCAAGUACCCACUGAAUGGACCGCAGCUACCACGGAGACUUGUGAGGCUGGGCAGGUGUGCCAGGAGACGCUGCUGCUGGUAGAUGUAGGACUCACAUCAACCCUGGUGGGGAGCAAACGCUGCAGCACUGCUGGGGCUAAGGAUUCCCAGAAGACCUCCAUCCACUCACGCCGUCCUGGGGUGCUCGUGGCCUCCUAUUCCCACUUCUGCACCUCCAACCUGUGCAAUGGAGCCGACAGCAGCAGCGUCCUGCUGAACUCUCUCCCUCCUCAAGCUGCCCCUGUCCCAGGAGACCGGCAGUGUCCUACCUGUGUACAGUCCUUGGGAACCUGCUCAUCUCACUCCCCCAAAAUGACCUGCCCUAGGGGCGCUGAUCAUUGUUACGAUGGGUACAUUCGUCUCUCAGGAGGUGGGUUGACCACUACAAUGAGCAUUCAGGGCUGUGUGGCCCAACCUUUCGGCUCCUUGUUGAACCACAUCAGGCAAAUCGGGGUCUUCUCUGUGCGUGAGAAGAUCGAUGAGCAGUUUCCUAUCAAUAAGCCCCAGGAAGGUGGGGCGGGGGCCCUGGAGUCUCUCACAUGGGGGCUGGGGCUGGCACUGGCCCUGGCGCUGUGGUGGGGGACGCUUUGUCCUUCCUGCUAACUUCAUUUUCCCUACGAUUCUUCACCCCGCUGACCACCAUACCCAACCGUCCUUCUGACCUCAUACCCUCAUGGCCUUGGACACCAAAUUAUUUUCCCAGCCUGUCCAUGGAUUAUCUUCCCCCCACACAACCAUUCACGUCUGCUCACCUAAUAAAGACCCUGGGGAGGACCCGGAGCAGCUGGACUUGCCCUAUGGGAGAGGGGAGUGGCUGUGUGUAUCUGUUAAUAAAGACCCUGUCCUUCUCCCA